ACCAACAUUCUUCCAAAUUUAGAACACUUGGCCUCUUCGUAGCAGUGACGGUGGCAGUGGAGCUUCAUCUCCCUCAAUUUCUUCUUGAUCUGUGCCGGGGAUUGCUUCCUUCAUCCAUUUUGGCUUGGGGAGGGGCUUAACUUCUUCUUUGUACUGACUUUGACGGAGUACUCGCUUUCCGACUAGAGCCCAUCACCAUUUCCACUUUCUCCAGCGACAUCCCCGUCGGAACCGGAUCUUUUCCGGCUUUCGAACGCGGCACCAAAAACACCACUACUCUGUAAAUACAAUCUCCACCUCAAAGCAAAAUCUCGUCUCCGGAGCGGAGACUGCAAGGUUGAUCUCGGAAUCAAGAUCUUGAAAUGGACUCUCUGAACAAGAAAACCGAUGAGUAUCACCGGCUGCGGAAGCUGGAGUUGGUUUGAUGGCCGAAGAGGUAGUGGAGGCUGUCGAGUCCGGUGUAAUACGGGAGGUAGACGGCGGCGGCGUGUGCGGGAUCAGAGGUGAGGCAAGGACACUCCAAGGUAGUUUCCAUUCGCGUUUUGGCAGUUUCAAUUGCUUAUGGUUUGUUGUUAUUCAAUUCGUUUCUUCCAUUCGCGAUUGCGAAUUUGAAUUCGUCGAUGGAGGAGACAGCGGAUCGGGGAGACACUACGAUUCCAGUUGCUCACGAUUCUACGACUCAAAGAUCCAAACGUUAAAAGUAAUCUGUCACCGUCCAUGUGCAAGGUGUCACGGCUGCAGAGACGGUAGAUGCGGUAGAGGCUGUACAUGUGAUGCCCUCCGAGGAUGUUGAAGCACCCUCUGUUCCGCCACCGGACACGAAUUCUGACGAGGAGGAUGAUGGGUUAGAUGCGAACAACUUGAUACUAUUUCCGCUUUUGAAGAUUCGUGCUUCUCCCAAGCACUUGGUUGCAAUGAUGAGGCGGUUCAAUGCUUGUCAAAAGAGACUGGUUUGUGCAUAGUCGGGGGGUGUGUUGACACUGGUUUGUGCGUAGUUGGUAGUUAGUGGGUGCAUUUUUCUGUGUAUUAGGUUUGUGCGUGCCAUCAUGGUCUGUGUUGGGUCAAAGUCAUAUCACACAAUAGUAUGUGCGUGGGGGGAUA